ACGCAGGCAGCAGCACGCGGCUGCGCUCGAUCAGGCAUCAGUGAUGUGCUACCACAGCCUACCGCGUAUGUAUCGCCGAUGAGCAACCCCAGCUUCGACCACAGCUACGAGCUCCCUCUGCGGCGAAACCUCCUGCUUCUGCGCGACCUCCUCGACCUCCUCCGCUUCAUCGCCGGGGUGAUCCUGGACCGCCUCGGCGUCGCGCCGUGCCAGGGCGAGGUGCAUCUGCCAGGACAGGCUUUAGGCGGCGUCGGCGAGCAUGUCAACGAUGUUGACUUGGAACGCCUCCUGGAGGCGAUGCUGUGGGAGACCGUGACGCGGUCGCUCACGGCUCCACGGUACAGGCGGCGGCGGGUUGCGCAGCCGGCGGACGUCCAGCUGGACGCAGAAGGCGACGCCGAGGGCGCGGCCGUCUGCGCGAUUUGCUUGGCGGGUCUGGAACAGGGAGAUUUCCAGGCGGUCGUGGAGCUGUGCGGCUGCUCGCACGCGUUUCACGCCGCCUGCAUCGAUGCUUGGGUCCGCAGUGGCGACGGUGCGGCCACCUGCCCGCUGUGCCGCGCGCCCAUGUUGCCCACGGCGUGGGACGACGUGCAGAGUUCGUUCGGCGCUCGCCGGGGUGACUGAGGUUUCUGUCUCCCUCCCGUAUAGUAAUUGCUGCGCUAGCACGUCUCGACAGACAGACAGAUAGAUAGAUAAACAUGCGCCAUCGUCUAUAGCGGAAAGAUGCAAUAAUGUGUAUGCAUGUAUUCGCGCGGAUCGAUCGUUUCCCUCUGAAC